CGACACAUUUAAGGAUGUUUAACACUUGGACAUUUUCCAGCUCCAGCCUUAUAGGCGUUGCCCUAAACCGUAUGGAGCAGACACCGAAUGUAUUUCUUCAGCUGCUGUGAGAUGUUCUGCAUUUGCCAUGGCAAGAGGUCUGUUUCCAUGGGGGUUCUUCAGGAAACCUCUGUACAUCCAGGCCAGAUUCUCCUACCUGCACAUGAAGUACCUGUUCUUUUCCUGGCUGGCUGUGUUUGUGGGGAGUUGGAUAGUGUACGUGGAGUACUCGUCCUACACAGAGCUGUGUCGAGGCCAUGACUGCAAAAACUCAAUAUGCGACAAAUACAAAAAAGGAGUUAUUGACGGCUUGGCCUGCAGCAGCCUGUGUGAGAAAGACACGCUGUACCUGGGAAAGUGUUUCACUGCCAAACCUAACAGCCAGGUGUAUUCUGGGAGCUGGGGGGACCUGGAGGGGGUCAUUAAGUGCCAGAUGGAGGAGGCUCCUCAUUAUGAUUUGGGAAAUGAGAUGGAGCCCAGGAAGGAGGCAACGGCCUUCAAUAAGCCGACCAAAGGGACCUCUGUGGAGAAGUUCAGAGAGAUGAUUCUCAACCAUCUGAAGGCCAGAGUGGGGGAUCAGGCCAACCUCUUGGAACUGGCAGCCCAGGUCCUGUCUAUCGCAGAUGCCAAUAAAGAUGGACACAUUUCACUGCCUGAGGCCCGCUCCACAUGGGCCCUACUUCAGCUUAAUGAGUUCCUGCUUGCUUUGGUUCUGCAAGACCGGGAGCACAUGCCCAAGUUACUGGGCUUCUGUGGAGACCUGUAUGUGAUGGAAAAGGUGCCAUAUUCCCCCCUGUAUGGGAUCACUCUACCCUGGGUAAUUGAGGUGUGGAUUCCUGCAGGACUGCGCCGCAGCAUGGACCAGUGGUUCACCCCAUCCUGGCCGCACAAGGCCAAGAUCUCCAUCGGACUGUUGGAACUGGUCGAGGAUAUCUUCCAUGGUAAUUUUGGCAGCUUCCUCAUGUGUGAUGUGAGCGCCACGACUUUUGGCUACAACGAUCGUCAUGACUUAAAAGUGAUAGAUGCACACUACAUCGUUCCUGAAGUCAUCUUCCAAGAGAGCAUCAGGCAACAGCGCUGUGAUGUGGAUGAGGAUUGUCUUUACGGGGCUGACUGUCUCACUUCCUGUGACCUCACUAAGCACCGCUGCACACCUGAGGUCACCAGACCAAACUUAGCCAAAGCCUGUGAAGCACUGAAGGACUAUAUACUGAGGGGAGCGCCAUCUGACAUCAGAGAGGAGCUGGAGAAGCAGCUGUACGCCUGCAUCGCACUGAAAGGCUCUGCAGAACAAAUGGAAAUCGAACACUCACUAAUUCUCAACAAUCUCAAGACUUUGCUUUGGAAGAAAAUCUCUCACACAAAAGACUCAUAACAAAGAAGUAUGAUUUGCACAAAGGCAGAGAAAGAUUUCUGUCUCAAAGUUUUCAAACCUUAAAUAUGUAGAUCCUUAUAAUGAACGUCAUAUGUAUAAUAUUUUAUUUUAAGUGAAUUCUGAAUCUAAUGAGGAAGGUCACUUUGUAUUACUUCAUGUACUAUUCCUAAACUUUGUUAAUGUAAUAUAAAGCAAUGUGACAAGUGCAAUUUUUGAAACCCUGACAGUGAUUAAUUAUUAAAUUUGAGAGAAAUCAACUUUCACCUUGAGGUCAGACUACAUUAAUUUUUCUUUCUUCAUCACAAGACUUGAGUGAUGGUAAUUUCAGUGGUAAGUUUCCAGUAUACAGCACACAUCCAUUUAGUCCAAUCACUAGUGCUAUACUGACUUACAAGUUGCACUAAAUCAAAUCAGUCAGAAACUAAUUCUUAAAGCAGGGAAAACCAAGUUAAGCGCCUCUAAUAAUAUUCUCUUACAAUUCCAUUAUCAGACCCAC